AUGGCAGACCCUUGUGGUCUGGAGGCCUCGAAAGCCCUGCUCUGGUUUCCACUGAUGGGCGCCUCCACCAAAGAUUUCUUAUGUCUAUCUACUGCCAAGGACGUUCACAGCAGCGUUGACAGGGCAGGGCCCCCUAAUUCGGUUCAGUGCCCCGUGAAGGUCCCCAACGCGGCCAGGAAAAAACGCGAGGCAGGUCGGCGGGCGGUGCCCCGCUCCUCCCCGGGGACCGGGCACACGUGGGGCCCCGGCGCCGCCUCCCCGCGCGUCCCCACCCAGCGGGCCGCCCCCGCCGCCGAGCGGCUGGGGAUAAACCCGCCGCAGACCCGGACCCGCGUGGUGCUCGGGGAACGUGACAGCGGCGCUCGUGGCCCGGGUAACUGCCUCCCGCCCCUGCCUCAGGAUAGGAGCUGCCGCCAGGGGUCCCCUGCGCGCGUGUGCGUGCGCACGAGUGUGCGCGCGUGUCAGCGUGUGCGCGUGAACGCGCCCCUCGCGCCCUCGCACCAACCCCCAAACAGACUUGUGCCCGUCAACUGCAUCUUCCCAGACCGGUGUGGGAACAACGGCCAGGUCCACGUCCUGUGUGGUGUGCCGAUGACAGCCGCGAGGCUUCCUUCCCCAAGCGGUCGCGGGCGGGCAAGAGGCAAAGUUUGUCGGAGAAUCGGGGUGACUUUGCUCGGGGACCCGCAUCUGCGCGAAUGCGCGGUGCCGCGGAGCGCGUCUCGCAGCAGCUCCGGGCUGGGGACCGGCUGUCCCUCGCUCCCGGAACCCCUUCAGGGGUGUGUUCUGGAAAAGUGGCGACAUGAGCUAGAGCUGGAGCAGCAGGAGGGAGCAGCUCGCACCCCUGCAGCCCAGGCGGGGAGGGCGCGGACCCGGUGGUGCUGCCCUGCGGCCGCGAUGAGGGAACAACCCUGGUUUGCCUGGCGCUGAUACUCGAGGCUGUGGCGGUAGUGGA